CAACCCCGGCUGUUAGUGCUGUGUGAGUGCGUGUGUGCUCCUGAGCUCGCUCGGCACACAUUCUAUAAAAAAAUAAAAAUACAAAAAAAAUUCAAAACAUAAAAAACCAAAAAAUCAUUUAUUUUAUUUUUUUCCUUUUUUGUAACAAGUCGGUGAAGCGGUGAAGAGUAGACAUACGAGGACCGGACGGGUAACGUACAAGAACGGGCUGCCUAACGUUAAAAAAUUCCAACGACACAUUUUUUCAGUCGACGUGUUUUACCGGUGUGAAGAAGCGAGAGGCCAAAGUAACGUGUGAUUUUUUGCUUUUAUCCUUGCGUGUCACGUUUGAAUGACAGUUUUAUUCACAUAAGAACAUCGACAUGGUGUCAUUUUUAGUGUAGUCAUCUUUUAAAAAAUCUAAAUUAUAGCCGAAAUCAUUGUAACUGACAAGCCCAACGGUUGCUAACGUUUACCAUCAGCGUUCUGCCCCGAGCUGACGUGACGCCAGCGGCCGUUAGAGAAGCCAGCAUUAGUAGAGCAGUAGAAAACUUUUCUUUUUUUUUUAUUCGUUGAGAAAGUCUAUCCACAGCUGACGAAAAAAAAAUGAACCCCAGUGCUCCCAGUUACCCCAUGGCCUCCCUGUAUGUCGGAGAUCUGCAUCAAGAUGUGACAGAGGCCAUGCUGUACGAGAAAUUCAGCCCUGCCGGAGCUAUCUUGUCGAUCCGGGUCUGUAGGGACAUGAUCACCCGGCGUUCCCUUGGUUACGCCUAUGUCAACUUCCAACAGCCAGCGGACGCCGAGCGUGCUCUGGACACCAUGAACUUCGAUGUGAUCAAGGGGCGGCCUGUGCGCAUCAUGUGGUCACAGCGGGAUCCCUCACUGAGAAAGAGCGGCGUGGGAAACAUCUUCAUCAAGAACCUCGACAAGUCCAUCGACAACAAGGCCCUGUACGACACCUUCUCUGCUUUUGGCAACAUCCUGUCAUGCAAGGUGGUUUGUGACGAGAAUGGCUCUAAAGGCUACGGCUUUGUGCAUUUUGAGACUCAGGAGGCAGCCGAGCGAGCCAUUGAGAAAAUGAAUGGCAUGCUGCUCAAUGACCGAAAAGUAUUCGUGGGUCGCUUCAAAUCUCGCAAGGAGCGCGAGGCUGAGCUGGGUGCCCGAGCCAAGGAGUUUACAAACGUCUACAUUAAAAACUUUGGUGACGAGAUGGACGACGAGAAGCUGCGUGAACUCUUCAGUAAAUACGGAAACGCCAUGAGUAUCCGUGUCAUGACAGAUGACAGCGGAAAGUCUCGAGGCUUCGGCUUUGUUAGCUUUGAGAGGCACGAGGACGCCCAGAAGGCAGUGGAUGAGAUGAACGGGAAGGAGAUGAACGGUAAGCUGAUCUACGUCGGCCGUGCCCAGAAGAAGGUGGAGCGACAGACAGAACUCAAGCGCAAAUUUGAGCAAAUGAAGCAAGACCGCAUGACUCGCUACCAGGGUGUCAAUUUGUACGUGAAGAACCUCGAUGAUGGAAUUGACGACGAACGCCUGAGAAAGGAGUUCUCGCCAUUCGGCACCAUAACCAGUGCCAAGGUGAUGAUGGAAGGGGGGCGCAGCAAAGGCUUUGGAUUCGUUUGCUUCUCGUCCCCAGAGGAGGCCACCAAAGCGGUGACGGAAAUGAACGGACGCAUUGUUGCCACCAAGCCUUUGUAUGUGGCCUUGGCCCAGCGGAAGGAGGAGCGCCAAGCCCACCUGACUAACCAGUACAUGCAGCGUAUGGCCAGCGUGCGUGCUGUACCGAACCCUGUCAUCAAUCCCUACCAGCCAGCGCCGCCCUCUGGCUACUUCAUGGCUGCCAUACCUCAGGCCCAGAACAGAGCUGCUUACUACCCAGCUGCGGGCCAGAUGGCUCAGCUCCGCCCAAGCCCACGCUGGACCACAGGAGGUGUCCGACCACAGCACUUCCAGAACAUGCCAGGUGCCAUGCGUCCCUCAGCUCCACGCCCUCAGACCUUCAGUACCAUGCGGCCCACCUCCCAGGUGCCCCGUAUGAUGUCCACCCAGCGUGUCGCUGCUCAGAAUAUGGGUCCCCGACCAGCCUCCGCAGCUGCUGCAGCAGCCGCUCCAGUGCGUGGAGUCCCUCAGUACAAGUACGCUGCAGGAGUCCGCAAUCCCCAGCAGCACAUGAACACCCAGCCACAGGUCAACAUGCAGCAGCCGGCUGUUCAUGUUCAGGGACAGGAGCCGCUGACUGCCUCCAUGCUGGCCGCCGCUCCACCACAGGAACAGAAGCAGAUGCUUGGUGAGCGCCUGUUUCCACUGAUCCAGAACAUGCACCCGAGCCUGGCAGGGAAGAUCACUGGCAUGCUGCUGGAGAUUGACAACUCAGAGCUGCUCCACAUGCUGGAGUCCCCUGAGUCUCUCCGCUCGAAGGUGGAUGAGGCGGUGGCUGUGCUUCAGGCACACCAGGCAAAGGAGGCCGCCCAGAAGACUGUGACAAACUCAGCUGGUGUCCCAAGUGUCUGAACCCAAGGAAGGGAGAACCUUGUGACUGGCUUCACCGAUGGAGAAAAAAAUUUAACAGUGAAAAAGUGAAAAUACACAAAACAAAGUAAAAAGAAGUCAAAUAAUAUAUUAAAAAAAACACAAAACAAAACAAUGGAAACAAGUCUCCAGCCAGGCCUUUAAUGAACAGAAACUCCGGGCCUGGUUUGCUGAGUUAAAAGAGAAAAACCCACAAAAAAAGAGAAAAAAGUCAAAAUAAAAAAUGAUCAAUUUAUGAGGGGUUUUAGAGGAGAAUUCUGUGACAAAAAUAUGAUUGAAAGCAUUCCUUUCUGCCAUUUUAUCCCUUUUAAUGUUUGAAUGUUCGGGCUGUAGAAGUACAGGGACAGUCUGCUAUUGUGAAAUUUCCCCUCAACCUUUGCUUGCUUGAAUAAAAUUAUAAAAUAAUGA